CAUUCUCCAAUCUUCAUCAUCCAUCAGUUCUCCGUUCUUCUUCUCCAUUCUCUAGUACGGCAAAGAAGAAACCACAAGGAGUAGAUCAGCCAGCAGAUUAGUGUUCAUCAUCUCUCCACAUCAAGCAGCAGAUUGACAUCCGGUAACAGCAGAUCGAUGCCCAACAGGCAGCAACAGAUCUUUUCUAGAAAGAAUUUCCCUUCCUCUUCCACCGUGCCUUCGUUCACGGGGCUUCACCCAAUAGUCUUCACCCAUCGCCAUCGACCUUCACUGGCCAUCCAAGGGAAAUCCUCAUCUUUUCUAGUUGGGUAAUGCCCCUGGAAUCUCAAUUUGUUGCAGAAUUUUCAAUUUAUUGUAGAUUUUCUAGUUGGGUAAUGCUCCUGGAAUUUCAAUUUGUUGCAGAAUUUUCAAUUUGUUGUAGAUUUUCAACAAAUUCGUUGCAAAUUU